UAUUAUUAAUUUUCAAAAUCAUCAAGAUUCUUCUACGUGUCCCCAUUUGUAUAAACUUCUUUGAAAUAUAAAUCAGAUAGUGACACCCCAUUACCCAAGUAUAGUUGCCGUUUCAAAUCUAUAGUAAUUGGCUUUUAUUUCUUUUUCUUUUUCAUUUCUUUGCUUAUUUCCUCUGGGCCCAGUUUGUGGAAACCAAUUCGUCCUUCUAAUUUGAAUUUUGAAUUUUCACACACCCAUUUUUUCAAUCCCAUCUCUCUUUUACGGUGUGUGAGGGAGAAGAAAAAAUAGAAAUAAAAUAAUUGUAGAGGGAAAUGGCGAAUAGAAUUGAUCAAGAGUAUGAUUAUCUUUUCAAGAUCGUGUUGAUUGGGGAUUCGGGUGUUGGGAAAUCCAAUAUUUUGUCCAGAUUUACCAGAAAUGAGUUCUGUUUGGAGUCUAAAUCCACCAUUGGAGUUGAGUUUGCCACCAAAACUCUUCAGAUAGAAGGAAAGACGGUGAAGGCCCAAAUAUGGGACACGGCAGGGCAGGAGAGGUACCGAGCCAUUACAAGUGCCUACUACAGAGGGGCUGUUGGGGCACUCCUUGUUUAUGACAUAACCAAGAGACAAACCUUUGACAACAUCCAAAGGUGGCUCCGGGAAUUGAGAGAGCACGCAGACUCUAACAUUGUCAUCAUGAUGGCCGGAAACAAAUCCGAUCUUAACCAUCUAAGAGCCGUUGCAGAUCAUGAUGGUCAAACUUUGGCUGAGACGGAAGGACUCUCGUUCCUUGAAACGUCGGCACUUGAAGCAUAUAAUGUCGAUAAAGCUUUCCAGUCUAUUUUGACAGAAAUAUACCAAAUCAUCAGCAAGAAGGCACUGGCAGCCCAGGAAGCAGCGGCUGCUACUGCACUCCCCGGUCAGGGUACCACAAUCAACGUCGGCGAGUAUGGAAAUACCAAGAGGGGUGGCUGCUGUUCAACUUGAAUUUAGUUCUCCAAGAAGGAUCUCAAAAUUGGUAGCAAAUUUCAUUUUCUUCUAAUUAUUAUUAUUUUUUUUCCGUCUUCUGGGGCAAGAGAGUCUUGUGAAUACUUUCUUACUACAUUGCGACAGGAAAAGGAUAUGUUUACUGGUUUAGGAAGUGUAGUAUCUAUUUUGGAUUGUGAUUUCUGGUUUUAUCAUUUUUCUUGUAAUAAAAAGACACAUUACAUUUUUUUUUCUUGCCUUAACUCAGAUUUAAUUAAUUCU